AUGCAAUUUGAGACAUUGCGCCAGGUCUGCAAUUCUGUUUUAUCUCAUUUUCAUGGGGUUUUUUCAUCCCCACCAAAUAUUUUACAAAAUGAGCUAUUUGGACAAACGCUGAAUAAUACAAGGGUCUUUGAACAAUGUGAGGCAGCCUGUUUUAGAGAUGAAGAAAUACCUAAUAGCAGUAUAUGUUUUGAUUUAACAAACCACCCUGUGACAUGGCAGCCAUCUAAAGAUGGAGAUCGCUUAAUUGGUCGUAUUUUAUUAAAUAAGCGUCUGAAAGAUGGAAGUGUGCCUCGAGAUUCAGGAGCAAUGCUUGGCUUGAAGGUUGUAGGAGGAAAGAUGACUGAAUCAGGUCGGCUCUGUGCAUUUAUUACCAAAGUGAAAAAAGGAAGUUUAGCUGAUACUGUAGGACAUCUUAGACCAGGUGAUGAAGUGUUAGAAUGGAACGGAAGGCUGUUGCAAGGAGCCACAUUUGAAGAAGUCUAUAACAUCAUUCUGGAAUCCAAACCUGAACCACAAGUGGAGCUUGUUGUUUCAAGGCCUAUUGGAGAUAUACCUAGAAUACCUGAUAGCACACAUGCACAGCUGGAGUCCAGUUCUAGCUCAUUUGAAUCUCAAAAAAUGGAUCGUCCUUCUAUUUCCGUUACCUCUCCCAUGAGUCCUGGCAUGUUGCGAGAUGUUCCACAGUUUUUAUCUGGACAACUUUCAAUAAAACUAUGGUUUGACAAGGUCGGUCACCAACUCAUAGUUACAAUUUUGGGAGCAAAGGAUCUCCCGUCCAGGGAAGAUGGGAGGCCAAGGAAUCCUUACGUUAAAAUUUACUUUCUUCCAGACAGAAGCGAUAAAAACAAAAGAAGAACGAAAACUGUAAAGAAAACAUUGGAACCCAAGUGGAACCAAACAUUCAUUUAUUCUCCAGUCCACCGGAGAGAAUUUCGGGAACGAAUGCUGGAGAUUACCCUUUGGGAUCAAGCUCGAGUUCGAGAGGAAGAAAGUGAAUUCUUAGGAGAGAUUUUAAUUGAAUUAGAAACAGCAUUAUUAGAUGAUGAGCCACAUUGGUACAAACUUCAGACCCAUGAUGUCUCUUCCUUCCCACUUCCCCAUCCUUCUCCAUACAUGCCACGAAGACAGCUCCAUGGAGAGAGCCCAACACGGAGGUUGCAAAGAUCAAAGAGAAUAAGUGACAGUGAAAUCUCUGACUAUGACUGUGAUGAUGGAAUUGGUGUGGUGUCAGAUUAUCGACACAAUGGUCGAGAUCUUCAAAGCUCAACAUUAUCAGUGCCAGAACAAGUAAUGUCAUCCAACCACUGUUCCCCAUCAGGCUCUCCUCACCGAGUGGAUGUUAUAGGAAGGACUAGAUCAUGGUCACCCAGUGUCCCUCCUCCACAAAGUCGGAAUGUGGACCAGGGACUUCGAGGGACACGCUCUACGACUGGCCAUUAUAAUACCAUUAGCCGAAUGGAUAGACAUCGUGUCAUGGAUGACCAUUAUUCUCCAGACAGAGACAGUCACUUUCUUACUCUACCUCGCUCCAGAUACAGUCAGACCCUUGAACGUCAUCACAGGGAUGGCAGGGAUUGUGAAGCAGCAGAUAGACAGCCCUAUCACAGAUCCAGAUCAACAGAACAGCGGCCCGUCCUAGAGCGGACCACCGCCCGCUCCAGAUCCACUGAGCGUCCCGACACAAACCUCAUGAGGUCGAUGCCUUCAUUAAUGACCGGAAGAUCUGCCCCUCCUUCACCUGCCUUAUCGAGGUCUCAUCCUCGUACUGGGUCUGUCCAAACAAGCCCAUCAAGCACUCCAGUGGCAGGACGAAGGGGCCGGCAACUUCCACAACUUCCACCAAAGGGAACCCUGGAGAGAAACAAUGGAGUCAAGGAGAUAGAACCUUGUGAAGACGUGGACCCCACCAGGAGAAGACAUUCAGGUGCUAUGGAUAUAGAGGAGAGAAAUCGCCAAAUGAAAAUUAACAAAUACAAACAGGUAGCCGGAUCAGAUCCCAGACUGGAACAGGAUUACCAUUCAAAGUAUCGAUCAGGAUGGGAUCCUCAUAGAGGGGCAGAUAAUAUUUCCACUAAAUCUUCGGACAGUGAUGUAAGUGAUAUAUCUGCGGUUUCCAGGACUAGUAGUGCUUCUCGUUUCAGCAGCACAAGCUACAUGUCCGUCCAAUCAGAACGGCCCAGAGGAAGCAAGAAAAUCAGUGUCUUUACCUCCAAAAUGCAAAGCCGACAAGUGGGCGCCUCGGGGAAGAACAUGACCAAGAGCACCAGCAUCAGCGGCGACAUGUGCUCGCUGGAGAAGAGCGAGGGCAGCCAGUCGGACACGGCGGUGGGCGCCCUGGGCCCCGGCGGCCACAAGCGGCGCUCUAGCAUCGGGGCCAAAAUGGUAGCUAUUGUUGGCCUCUCCCGGAAAAGUCGCAGCGCUUCUCAGCUCAGCCAGACGGAGGCAGGAGGUAAGAAGCUGCGGAGCACGGUGCAGAGGAGCACAGAAACAGGCCUGGCCGUGGAGAUGAGGAACUGGAUGACCCGCCAGGCGAGCCGGGAGUCCACCGACGGCAGCAUGAACAGCUACAGCUCCGAAGGAAAUCUGAUCUUCCCUGGUGUCCGCUUGGCCUCUGACAGCCAGUUCAGCGAUUUUCUGGAUGGCCUUGGCCCUGCCCAGCUAGUGGGGCGCCAGACUCUGGCUACACCUGCAAUGGGUGACAUUCAGGUGGGAAUGAUGGACAAAAAGGGACAGUUGGAGGUGGAAAUCAUCCGGGCCCGUGGCCUUGUUGUCAAACCAGGUUCCAAGACACUGCCAGCACCAUACGUAAAGGUGUAUCUACUGGAUAAUGGAGUCUGCGUAGCCAAAAAGAAAACAAAAGUGGCACGGAAAACGCUGGAACCCCUAUACCAGCAGCUGUUAUCUUUCGAAGAAAGUCCCCAAGGAAAGGUCUUACAGAUCAUUGUCUGGGGAGAUUAUGGCCGCAUGGAUCACAAAUCUUUCAUGGGAGUGGCCCAGAUACUUUUAGAUGAACUGGAGCUGUCCAACAUGGUGAUUGGAUGGUUCAAACUUUUCCCCACUUCCUCCCUCGUAGAUCCAACGUUGGCCCCUCUGACAAGAAGAGCAUCCCAGUCAUCUCUGGAAAGUUCAACGGGACCUUCUUACUCUCGUUCAUAGCAGCUGUAAAACUGUUGUCAUAGCAACCAGCGUUACAAAAAAAAAAAAUCACAGGUCGCUAACCCUGGUAACACUGCAUGCUUAAUGUUGUGUCUUCUGAGCCUGUUUCUAGGGAUACAAAGCGAUCCUGUGUUCUCAGAGGAAGUCGCACACAUUGUGCCCUAAAGAAGGCCCUCCGGUGAGAGAGCAGCGCGGUGGAGAACUGUCAGGUUUGGAGUUCAGUAACACUCAAAUUUUGGUCCAAUCUGAAGCCAUGGAUUAAUCUCAAAGAAUCAGUCAGUCUCAUGCAACAAAAGCCCUUUUCAAUGGCACCUUUAUCUUUUUACCGUUCCUUUUUCUUCAUUUCUCUGACCCCCAAAGCCCUGCUAUGCCACAGAAAUGGAGUGAGCGAUACAGCCACUAAGCCGUGUGAUAAGUCAAGGAGUGAAGUCUAGGAAGCAUCAGGUGAAAAGCAGGAGACCA